AUGAAGACGACGCGCUUCAACACGCUGCUGCCCUCGCCGGAGGGCAGCUGCAAGAAGCUCGCGGUCGUCCAGUUCAAGGUCCCCGGCGCGAAGAACGGCGGCACGGACAAGGGCCCCGACGGGAACCGCAUCGACUCCAUCCCCAUCGCCAACGGCGUCAUCAAGGCCGGCGGCGCCUGCGACAUGCUCCUCUACGACUACGAGGACCACGCGGGCUUCGAGGCGACGAUCGAGAAGUACGACGCGCUCAUCGUCCGCAUCAACCCCGGUCAGCUGUCCCAGAUCCCGGGCGUCGACGGCGUCCAGGCCAAGUUCGACGCGACGAUGAACGCCUUCGUCGCCAAGGGCAAGCCCGUCUGGUCGUCGCCGGGCGUGCAGACGAAGAUGGGCGCCAAGGACGCGCUCUGCAAGAUCGCGAACAUGGGCUGCGGCCUCGUCGACACCUUCGCCUACUACGACGAGGAGACGCUCAAGACCGAGUUCAAGAAGACCAUGGCCUUCCAGCCGCGCGUCAUCAAGCAGAACCGCGGCUCCGCGGGCGAGGGCAUCUGGCUCUGCUGGAUCGCGAACGAGGCCAAGGACGGCAUCAUCGGCGCGCACGAGUACCCGUCCAAGACCUUCGGCGAGAAGUCGCUCGGCGACGACGUCGUCCUCAAGCUCAUGGAGAUGAACGACAACCACGUCGAGUACCACACGGUCGGCGAGUUCCUCACGUUCUGCGGCGGCGUCGCCGCCGGCGGCCAGCUCGUCGACCAGCGCCUCCUCGGCCGCAUCGACGAGGGCGAGGUCCGCGUGCUCAUGGCCGGCGACACGUGCCAGAUGAUCAUCCACAAGAAGCCCGAGGGCGGCGGCCUCAGCGCCGUCGGCGGCAACAGCGCCUACACCUACUACGAGCCCACGGACCCGCUCUACGCCGACCUCCUGGCCAAGCUCCAGGGCGACAUCAAGAACGGCCUCCUGGACGUCCUCGACCUCAAGGGCGAGAAGCUCCCGCUCAUCUGGACGUGCGACUACAUCCCGAAGAACCCCGAGGGCUGGGACAAGGCGGAGAACGCCGAGCCCAUGCAGACGGAGUACGUCGUCGGCGAGUUCAACUGCUCCUGCGUCGGCAUCUCCAUGUUCCAGGCCGUCUGCGGCGGCGAGAAGACGCUCGCGGACGUGCCCGACGCGGACUACUUCGAGGCGUGCAAGCUCACGGACCUCAUGGGCGUCAAGGCGCUCGAGAUGCUCGCCUAG